ACACAGAGAACCAACCAACAUGUCAAGCUUGGCAGAUGUCGGCAGGAAACUCCUGGAAAUCAAAGCCAGACAAAAACGUUCAGAUUUGUAAUUUAGCUCAGAGACGAUUGCCCUUUACCUCACCUUUUGAAAAUGGCCAGCUCGGAAUGUGAGAUUUCCAAAGCUCCUCGGAAACUUAAAAGAUAUGGCUCCAUCUAUGAACCUCUCAAGCUCUCCAUUCUCCACCGGGAGGAUGAGCCACUAUGGGAGAAACUUGACCGCUACUACAAUGCAGUGAAGACCACCAUUCUGAACUACCAAAGCCCUACCACUGGCCUCUUCCCUACCAAGACAUGCUCCAGCUGCAAGGAAGCCAAGGUGCGGGACUCCCUGUACUGUGCAGCCAGUUCCUGGGCCCUGGCUCUAGCAUACAGACGCAUCGAUGAUGACAUGGGACGCACCCAUGAGCUGGAGCACUCAGCCAUCAAGUGCAUGAGGGGUGUCCUCUACUGUUACAUGCGCCAGUCUGACAAGGUGGAGCAAUUCAAACAGGAUCCCCAGCCCUCCAAGUGCCUGCACUCAAUAUUCAAUGUAGACACAGGAGAUGAGAUUCUGUCCUACAAUGACUACCAUCACCUACAGAUUGAUGCCUUGUCCCUGUUCCUGCUCUAUUUGGUGGAGAUGAUCUGCUCCGGCCUCCAGAUAAUCUACAACACGGAUGAGGUAUCAUUCAUCCAGAACCUGGUGUUCUGUGUAGAGAGGGCGUACAGAGUGCCUGACUUUGGCAUGUGGGAGAGAGGGAGCAAGUACAACAAUGGAAGCACUGAGCUGCACUCCAGUUCUGUGGGGCUGGCCAAAGCUGCUCUCGAGGCUAUCAAUGGAUUCAACCUGUUUGGGAAUCAGGGUUGCUCUUGGUCUGUCAUCUUCGUGGACCUGGAUGCCCACAACAGGAACAGACAGACACUGUCCUCCCUCCUACCCAGAGAAUCCAGAUCCCACAAUACGGACGCUGCCCUCCUGCCCUGCAUCAGCUACCCUGCGUUCGCUGUGGAUGACGACGCCCUCUACAGUCAGACCCUGGACAAGGUGGUGCGCAAGCUAAAGGGGAAGUACGGCUUCAAGCGCUUCCUGCGUGACGGCUACAGGACCGCCAAUGAGGACAAGAACAGGAGACACUACAAACCGGCUGAGAUGAAGCUUUUUGAUGGAAUUGAAUGCGAGUUUCCCAUAUUUUUCAUCUUCAUGAUGAUUGAUGGGGUCUUCAGGGGGAACAAAGCCCAAGUCAAGGAAUACCAAGACCUGUUAACGCCUAUCAUUUUUCAAUCUUUUGAGGGCCAUGCUGUCAUCCCUAAGUACUACCACGUACCUGCCGACUUUGUGGAGGCGGAGCAGAAGAAGCACGGGAGCCAGAAGCGUUUCCCUGCCAACUCAGGCCAAGAUGGCAUGCUGUUCCUGUGGGGCCAGGCCCUCUUCAACAUCGCCCGGCUUCUGGUGGAUGAGCUGAUCAGCCCCCAAGACAUCGAUCCCAUCAAACGCUACGUACCCCGCCAGGAUCAGAGGAACGUCUCCAUGAGAUACUCCAAUCAGGGUCCUAUUGAUAAUGACACGGUGGUCCAUGUGGCCCUGAUUGCUGAGAGCCAGAGACUGCAGGUGUUCCUGAACACCUAUGGCAUCCAGACUCAGACCCCCCAGCAGGUGGAGCCCAUUCAGAUCUGGGCCCAGAAGGAGCUGGUCAAU